AUGAGUGACUGUUAUGAUUGCACAGAUGAAAAUUAUCCCAACCAAAAGCAGGAUUCAUGUGUUCCCAAAGAUAUAAGUUUCUUGUCAUAUAAAGAACCUUUGGGGAUCAUUUUAGCCUGUUUGGCUCUUUUCUGUUCCGCGAUCACAUUUCUGAUACUAAGAACAUUUUUAAUGCAUCACAACACUCCCAUCAUCAAAGCCAGCAAUCGGGAUCUCACCUAUAUUCUUCUUGUCACCCUUUUGCUUUGCUUCCUGUAUACAUUAGUAUUCAUCGGUCAGCCCAGUAAGGUGGCAUGCAUUCUCCGUCAAACUGGUUUCAGCAUCAUCUUCUCUGUCGCUAUUUCCUGUAUUCUGGCCAAGACUAUUACUGUGGUCCUGGCUUUCAUGGCAACCAAGCCAGGAAGCAGGAUGAGCCAAUGGAUUGGGAAAAGAUUGGGCUAUGCUUUUGUUUUAUCUGGCUUCUUAAUUCAGACUGGGAUUUGCAUUAUAUGGCUGUCCAUCUCUCCUCCUGUCCCAGAUGCUGACCUGCACUCAGGGAAUGGAAAAAUUGUCCUACAAUGUAAGGAAGGGUCAUUGAUUUUGUUUUACUCGGCAAGGUGUUAUAUGGGCUUCUUGGCAAUUACUAGUUUUAUAGUAGCUUUCUUUGCAAGGAAAUUACCAGAUACUUUUAAUGAAGCCAGGUUUAUCACCUUCAGUAUGUUGAUCUUCUGCAGUGUUUGGAUAUCCUUCAUCCCAACCUAUCUGAGCACCAAGGGGAAAUACACCAUAGCUGUGGAGAUCUUCUCAAUGUUAGCCUCAAGUGCUGGGCUGCUGAUCUGUAUCUUUUUCCCCAAAUGCUACAUUAUAGUUCUAAGGCCAGAGUUGAAUAACAAGCAGAUAAGAAAAAAGAGAAGUAGUUAA